CGAUAUCUAUGACGACGGUUGACUUGAUUGUUCUUACUGGGCAUGAACGUUCGGUUACCACUCAUUCGGUCAUCCAGUCACCAGCUGCCUAGUCUAAGUAAGUGCUGUCGCUCGGAUCAAAGUUUCUGUUGUUCCCGAUCAUGAUCGUCAAUAGGGAUUCCCUAUCUGUGACUUAACCUUAAAGCGAAAAGAUGUACGAGCUAUAAUCCGUUGUCACCCGCCAAUUGUGUGUGUUCCUCCGAGUCGCACUUCCCUCUGAACACACUGUCGGCUUUGCUAUGAUCUCUCAUUGGACGUCACUAGAUUCUACCACAGGUCGACGCGUCUUUUAUCGUCCACUCGGAAUCACCGAAUCAUGCUUCUAUUGGGAUAGCGUUUUCAACGGCACAGCAGAUUCCUUGGUGCACAUACACCUUCGCACCAUACAAACAAAUGACCAAGACAUUUAUUCACGAUUGAAUGUCAUGCGUUCCUGGGAGUCUGUCAAAAGACGCUUUCCCCUCAUUGCGGCAGAAGUGCAAGAGCAUGAGUCUGGUCCACGCUUUAUUCUGCGUGAGGAAGCGGUCACAAAUCUUCGACCUGAUGAUGUCACAUUCAAGGAGGUCAAUUCCUUUCACCACGCUGAAUGCUUCAUAAACGACAUCAUGGAUGGACCGCGACUCCUUUCAUCUCAGUUACUUGCUCGUGCUUACAUUUUGCGCCGAACGGACAGGAGUGAUCAUUUCCACCUCCUGUUUAUGGCUGCCCACUGCGUCGCGGAUUCACCGUCCAUGACAACGGUGAUUAGGUCGUUCUUAGACACACUGUCAUCUCGGGUUGAACCACCGUACAUUCCUCUGGGCGAAAGAGUGCAUAUGUAUCAGCCUUUAGAGAACCGUUUGGGUCGUGGGGAUAUUCCGCUUGUCAAACGACGGUGGAGGCGGGCCAUAGGCCAUGCAUUGUACACGGUGUGGAAAUCCAGAUUCAAGGGUGGUCACACACUCCCCGGAAACUUCAGGGAAUCCACACCUCUUACUCCCGCUAAAUCACGCAGUCACGUCACUACUUUUUCUAGCAAAGUGUCAUCCAUCAUUCUCUCCAAUUGCCGUCGCCAUAACAUCUCCAUGAACACCGCGUACUAUGCUCUCAGCCAAGUGGCCCUGGCACGCGUUCUAUGUCGACGAUAUAUCAGGGGCCAGAUCUCGGAAGAAGACUGGGAGUACAGGAAGCGCCAACCCAUGCACAUCUUCGGGAUGUUGAACUUGCGCCCAUACCAAGACAGGGACUGGUUUGAGACGGGCGGCUUAGGUGACAAUGGUCUCAAUAUCAGCUUCUUCUGGUACACACUUCCGUUCAUGCCGCUUGGCGAGAUGUCCAAGGGGGAUGUUAGCCAACUGGAACUCGUCGAUGGGGCACCGGAUUUCCCAGCGCUCAUGUCUUUUGACCGGUUUCUUCUCCGGUGCGCUAAUGUGAAGGCACAAGCCCAGAGGAUGUUUGACCACCCGUGGUUCGUUGAUAUUUGUGCCGCUGGACACAAUCGCGUUGCUUUAAGGAGGGAAGUUGCUUUGAAGUGGCUAGAGAUGAAAGAUAGUGUUAUCCCAGAGGAUAGGCAUGAAAGUGUAAGACCCGUUCAGUCUUUGAAUCCGAUGGUCACACAAGUAGGAUCCUCCCUGGGCAACAUGGAUAGCGGGAUAUCUCUGGACUACCCUCUACCUCCUGAUCAUGAGCUGUCUCCCCUGUGCAGUAUGCCCCAUCCCAGACGCGCCGGUUAUCCAGCGUGGUCUCCCCCUGCUGAUGCUCUCGAGGACGCCAAAACUCCGCGACUCCAUGUUGAGUUCGUGCGCUCUUGCCUUCAUGCGCACCCUGCGGAGCUCUACCUUACGGCGUCUUGGCGCCAGCAGUUGCAAUAUUUUGCGUUCUAUGAUCAGCGCGUUUUCAGCGACGAGACCAUACAAGAGUGGAUACGUGAGGUCAAGGAUGCGACGCUGUGGUAUCUGGGUCAGUCUCAUGGCGAUAAAACGCCUUUACAGAGUAAACUAUAGUACAGGCUGACGUAACGUCCGUAAUCGUACAAUUACCA